AUGGAGUGCCUGGGUAUCCCUGUUGACCAUCGACUGCGACGGCUUAUUCGUGAAGGCCGCUCCAUGGAUGCAAAUGGAGCAGAUUCCAAGCACGUUCAGCUUCUACUUGAAUUUGGGUCAUCUAUAAUAUUGAACGAACAUGCAUAUCCGAUGUGUGACCUGGGCUUUGAGCUCGAGAUGGCACGUCCGGAAACGAAGGGCGGCGUGCUGGUUGCCUUGUUACGAUCCCAUUCGACGCAGAACAAUUCAGACGGCUUUUUGGCAGGCAAACAGGGCUGUGCUACUCUCGAUGCAGUAUCUGACCUGAUUUCUACUGUGAACGAUUCCAAAUUAGGCUUUGAUGAUAUCAGCGUAUUUGACGCUAUACCCUUUCUCGACGAAAGAAUCGAAGGCCCAGAUCAUCAAGAUUUCAUUGAUGAAGCACACGACGUAUUUGCCGAAAUGGUCAGAGCUAAAGAUCCGGAUGUCGUUAUAUGCUGCUUCAGAACAAUUUCACAGGACACCCUUGUUCGGCAACUUUCUGGCUGCGGCGUGGGAAAAAGCCAUAACAAUAACAAGCUGGUAGCGGGGCUACCUUUUAUUUGUGUGAAUGCGUUUCAUCCAAGCUACGCGGUCAAUCGUUAUCCUAUAUUUUGCUGUUUCAGGCAGCUACUCCUGCUAGAGUUCACCAAGGCUUUUGCUUGCUGGAGACAGAGAUGGACCGAAGAACCAUGGAUGGGAUUGUUGAGGACUAAAUGCCGUGAUGCAGUAAAGAGGACUGAUAAUGCCAAGGACUAUCGAGGUCACUGGAAACCGCAGUACCUCAAAGACCAAUGGCGCAGUCUUAUAAAUUCUCUGACGGCAAGUUUCGAAAGCUCUUUCUUUCAAAAAGUUGAUGACGAAGGGCUUGAGGAUACCUACGCCAGGCUUGAACGGUCUAACAUUACUUGGCUUUGCUGCGACGUGGCGUGGAUGCUGGAAAAAUUGACUGCAGAAGGCCCUGUAGCUUUGGGUCUACAGCCGCAAAAAUCCUCGCAACCAAGACCAUUUGCUAAAAAGCUAGAGAACAGCUUCUACAACCUACUACGUGAUCUGAACCUCUCUUUCAAGCAGUCGGAUAUCAAGGUUCUCCAUAAUCAAAUUGCCCAAGCACAUGCUUUUCGAAGGUUUGCUGCUAGUUUCGAGGGCUUGCUGGAAGAAACACUGGAACAGAUCUCGGCCCAGGAGAAGUCCCAGGAAAACUCUGAGUUGUGCGAUGAAUUUACAAAUAAGGUUGUGCUAUAG